GCGCCACGCAUUCGUCGGCUUAAGCUUACACACGACUGUGACGAACACUUUUUCUAUCAAGAGAAUCUAGAGCUGGUCUUGUAUUCUAAUGUGCAAGAGAUCUACGUUGCUUGUCUCAAUUACCCAGAGGCUUGGUAUAACCCUGACGUCUUGUACUGGCCGUGUCCAGGAGAGAAUGUGUGGCUCAUUGAU